AUGUCGUUGCAGAGAUGCAAGCUGACCCUCUUGAAUUGUGGGGUCUUUCUUGGGUGGCCUCAUCUGAAGUUGAUGUUUCGCAGCAUGGCUUGGGAUGACACCUGGAGCUGCCUGGUGAAUGUGUGGAAGUGCCUGAUGAGGAACAACCAUGAUAAUAUCCACAUUUUCAUCUCACAAGCUUUGGGUUACCUUCAUCACCCACAGAUAGAAAUAAGACACACCGCAGCACGCUUCAUUGGUCACACUCUCAACUAUUACAGCUCUCAGCUCUCAAAAAACAUUGACCAGGAGGACAUUUUCUACCUGACGAGAGUCUUCCAGGCAAUGGAGUCCAACCCAGAUCUCACCAUGGCAAACUUUGCAAAAAUGUACCGAGUGAUUUUGCAAAAGCUGACAGUGAAACAGAGGCUUGCCGGAGCGGGAGAAAGGGAUGCCCAAGUGAUGGACAGCAGCCUGGGAGGGAAACUGCUCAGCAAGCCUGAAGAAGGUUUGGUCAGCUCCCAAAUGCAGCCAGAAGGCACUCCGGUGCUGAGGAGGAGGGAAGCACUGUACACAUCGACCCCCCCUCGGACCAGGAGGCCAUUGGCCCAGAGAGCGCCUCUUGCGUCCAAAGCACCCCCUCCCGGGCCAGGCUUCUCUUGCGUGGGAAGAGCUGCUGCAGACGCCACGCCUGCUGCGGCCAGAGUUCUGAAGACCACGCAAGGACCGCUGCUGCUGCUGCCGCCACCUCCUCCUCCUCUUCAGACGGGGCCUGACCGGCUGCACUUCUCCUCUGGACGGGGCAGGCUCCACCCUCUCGUGUUUCUUCCUUACUGCAAGGGACUAACCAGAGUUAUCUUUCCUACAAUCGACUAA